AUGGCGAGAGAUUUAGGUGAAGAUUUGGAGUCAGAGAUAUUGGUGAGGCUACCAGCAAAGUCAUUGAUGCGAUUUAAGUGCGUUCAACGAUCAUGGAAUGCACUCUUUAGAAACCACAGGUUCGUGAUGAGUCACAUGAACAUGCACAUGUCAAAAGAGCAUCUCAUGGUGUUUCAAUUUAAAAGGAACAUCCACGCAUCACUGACAUGCGAUGACCCAUCAAAACCACCUCAGUAUUUCAAUUGCUCUUCCCCCAACAAAACCUUCUAUUUUCUUAGGUCAUAUGGUUCUUGCAACGGUGUUUUUUGUCUUGGCGUGAACUACAAAGAAAGUUAUUGUAAUCGGUUAAUUUUGUGGAAUCCUAACACAAGAGAGUCCAAGCUUAUUCCCUUCCCUUCUAACAAAUUUUCCUAUGCAUUUCAAGGCUUCGGUGUUGAUCCAAACACCAAUGACUUCAAAAUUAUCAAACCAAUCAUCAAUAUUCUUGAUUGGCGUCAUCUUUUUAUUUCACAUGCAGAGGUUUAUAAUCUUAGUACAAAUUCAUGGACAGUUAUCCAUGAUGUUACUCUCCCCACUACCAAUAAUGCUCUAUUUCAACUCGCUAAUGGUUCCAAUGUUCUUGUUAAUGGGGUUUAUUAUUGGUUGAUUGGCUAUGAAGAUGGUUUUGGUUCCAUCCUAUGCUUUGACUUCCGCAACAAUCAAUUCAGCAAACUCAUGGCUCCAGUGGAUAUCUCAAAUAUAGAAACUUUGUUGGUCCAGGAUAACACUGUUGAGGAUAACAUUUUUGAGGUUAAUGGUUCCCUUGGUUAUAUUGUACAGUGUCAUGGACAAAAUCGGUUGGAGAUUUGGAUUAUGAAUGAACACAAAUGGACUAAAACACACAACACUGUUUGGCCAAAGGAGAUUUUAAUCCUUGGCAUUUGGAAGGAUGGAAAUCAACUCCUUGGAAGAAAGGGCUAUCUAGGUAAACAAUGGUUGACAAUAUAUAAUUUGGGUGCUCAGCCUGUGCACCAAUUUCCAGUUGGAGUAUAUUUGGAUUCUCCAAUUGAAAAGUACGUGGAAAGCAUAGUUCCCUUGUCAGCUUAA